UCCCCGCGCCUGCCCUUCGUGGACGUGGCCACGGGCUCCCUCGGGCAGGGCCUGGGCGCCGCCUGCGGCCUGGCCUUCACCGGCAAGUACUUGGACAAGGCCAGCUACCGGGUGUUCUGCCUCCUGGGAGAUGGCGAGUCCUCGGAGGGCUCCGUCUGGGAGGCGCUGGCCUUCGGCUCCCAGUACAACCUGGACAACCUCGUGGCGGUGUUGGACGUGAACCGCCUGGGGCAGAGCGGCGCCGCCCCGCCGGGCCGCCGCCCCGACGUGUACCGGCGGCGCUGCGAAGCCUUCGGCUGGAACGCCUACUCGGUGGACGGCCACGACGUGGAGGCGCUGUGCCAGGCCUUCUGGCAAGCAGCGCAAGUGAAGAACAAGCCCACCGCCGUCAUCGCCAAGACCUUCAAGGGUCGAGGUGAGCCCCACAUGGAGGAUGCCGAAGAGCAAGCCGAUGCAGUUAUCGCAUCCCUGGAGAGUCAAAUAAGAUCCAACCGCCAUCUCACACCCAAGGCCCCCGUGGAAGACUCGCCGCAGAUCAACACCAAUAACGUGAAAAUGGCCUCGCCUCCUGCUUACAGACUGGGCGAGAAGAUAGCCACCGGAAAAGCCUCUGGUUUGGCCCUGGCUAAACUGGGCCAUGCUCACAAAAGAGUUAUUGUUUUGGACUGUGACCCGAAAAACUCCAUCUACUCCGAGAUUUUCAAGAAAGAGCAUCCGGAGCGCUACAUAGAGUGUCUGAUGGCCGAGCAGAACAUGGUGAGCGUGGCUCUGGGGUGUGCUACCCGAGGGCGGACCAUUGCCUUUGCCAGUACCUUUGCUGCCUUUUUCACCCGCGCCUUCGAUCAGAUCCGAAUGGGUGCCAUCUCGGACACCAACAUCAAUCUGAUUGGUUCUCACUGCGGGGUGUCCUUUGGUGAAGAUGGACCCUACCAGAUGGCGCUAGAGGACCUGGCCAUGUUCCGAAGCAUUCCCAAUUGCACCAUCUUCUAUCCAAGCGAUGCCGUCUCCACGGAGCACGCUGUUUAUCUGGCUGCCAGUACCAAGGGAAUGUGCUUCAUUCGGACCAGUCAGCCGGAAACUGCAGUGAUCUAUACCCCACAUGAACCUUUUGAGGUCGGACAGGCCAAGGUCAUCCACCAGAGUGCCCAGGACAAGGUGACAGUUAUCGGAGCUGGAGUUACUCUCCAUGAAGCCUUAGCAGCUGCUGAUGAUCUUUUCCAGCAAGGCAUUUCUGUUCGUGUCAUUGACCUAUUCACCAUUAAACCAUUGGAUGCUGCCACCAUCAUCUCCAGUGCAAAAGCCACAGGUGGCCGGAUUAUCACUGUGGAAGACCACUAUCUAGAAGGUGGCAUUGGAGAAGCUGUGUGUGCAGCCGUCUCCGGAGAGCCCGACAUCCACGUUCAUCGGCUGGCGGUGACGGAGCUGCCUCGAAGUGGGAAACCUGGGGAAUUGCUGGAUAUGUUUGGAAUCAGUGCCAGACACAUCAUAGCAGCUGUGAAAUAUACUUUAAAGAACUAA